AUGACGGACGCAGAGGAAUCGCAAAGCCAAUCCUACCUCGACUCUGCUCGAGAACUCGUCUCAUCAGCAGGCGCCACUGCGCAGUCCGCAUACGAGCAAGCAGCUCAAAAAGCAUCGGACGUGUACCAAGCCACACCCGCCAUCCUGCCCGGUUCUCAAAGCGAAAAGUACUCGGAGGACAGUGGAGCAGUGCCGAAUGAUGGAGGCGUUGCGAAUGCCGAGAGCGGAGAAUCAGCGGCACCGUCUGGCAAGGAGGAGAGAAUCGAAGAGACCAGAUCCAAAGGACGUGAGUGGCGCACAACGAGCCGAGCCGAGCCGAGCCCUUCCCUGCCUCUGCGCUUAGCAUUGUGCGAUGUUGCAUCUUACGAUGAUGUCUCUGUUGCAUGCUACACUCCAGCUUCGGAUCCCGCACGCCUGAACAAGUCGCAGCAAGACAUUGGCACAGAGUACAAUGUACCAACGUGAGUUCCUAGCGGGCGACGUGGACCGCGUUCGCCCCAAUCCGGCUCGCUGGCGGCCAAGGUAGGAGAGAUGCAGCUCAUCUGACUGAGCUCUCAUCAUCUCCUGGCUUUGUUGCGCCUGUCACAGCGCUGCCGGUCAAGGGACGACGCGCAGUGCCGACGAAAAGGCAUUGGAAGCGGCCAAGAACGAAAAAGGAGCAAAGCAAGCCAAUGUGCCUCAGGACUACACUGACGAGCCAUGUCCCAACAGCAACAAUAAUGGAGGCGAAAAGCCUCACGAACCAAAGGCAGGCGGCAGACCACGAGGGAACUCGGAAGCUGUUUCGGAUUAUGGAAGCUACGACAAUGAUGGCAGACCGACCAGAGGCAUCGUAGGCAAAGCUCUAGCUUCGGCACAGGGCAACGCUAAAGUCAUCGCUGGCAAGAUCCAGAAGGACGAGGACAAGGUGGAGACCGGCAAAGCUCUCAAGCGCGGCGAGAUCUGA